GAAGCCAGAACGCAGCUACUCCAGCGGGCUUUAUUUCAUGGGGAUGUGUUCAAGGCAGGAGCGAAUACAAAAAGACGUCGACAUCGUUAUUCAGAGGUGCAAGGCCGAGAAAGACUGCCUGUUUUCUGAUUUCAGAUACACCGAUGCCACAUUCACUUUCACAUACUGUAAAGGAUCCAAAAGGGUUUCUUACUCUGUGCAUGUCUCAGAUGAUUAUCCAGACAACACGUAUGUUUCCAGCUCUGACAACGAUGACGAGGUUUUAAUCACCACAGACCCCAUCCCUGUUAUCUUCCAUCGGAUCGCAACAGAGAUCAGGCUAAACAACGAUGCCACCAGCUGCCUGUCCAUCAAGUCCAAACUUCAGCUCGACAAAAACCAGUGCCAUUAUGCCAUAGAGGAAGACUCCGAGGGGGACAAUGACUCUGAGGAGUUCUACUAUGGAGGUCAGGUGAACUACGAUGGCGAGCUGCACAAACAUCCCCAGUUGGAGGCAGACUUGUUUGCAGUGAAGGACUUGUACGGACCCCAUGCAGUAUCUCUCAGGGAAUAUGGUGCAAUUGAUGAUGUGGACAUUGAUCUGCACAUUGAUGUCAGUUUUUUAGACGAAGAAAUCGCUCUAGCAUGGGAUGUGAUCAGACAGGAGCCUGUUAUCGUGCGACUUCACUGCUCACUGACGCAGUAUCUGAAUGGAACAGUCCCAACAGUUGAUGUUUUCCAGGUGUCGACAAAAGACAGGUUUGGACUGGGACAUCAGCUGAAAAAGAUCAUGCAAACAUUUGUCACCCAGCAGUGGAAGCGACAAAGUAAAGACAAGCUCAACUGCCCACAUGGCAAAAAGCAGAGCGACAAGAAGGUCAAAUCUCCUCUGCACAUCUUCUCAACUCUACGCAGAUCUCCCAGCUAUCCUCCUCCUGGCUGUGUUAAAAGCAAAAAGAAGCUCAAGGCUGAGCAGGAUGGGGUGUCCAAAUCCCAUCGCCUUCUCCGAAGGACCUGUUCUAGUACCGUGAAACAAACAGAGAUGGAUGGCUGCAGCUCUGCCCCCAGCAAGCCGGGCCACAAGUUCCUGGGCCACGCUUUAUCCAGUGAUCAACGAGUGGAACCUACUAGCAUGAUGUCCCUCAAAACCCAUCGCCUCCUUGGACGCCCCUGUUCGACAGGUCUCAAACCUGAAGACUGCUCCUUGGCACUCAAGCGUGCCCAUAAGCUCUUUCCUCGUUCUUGCUCAAGUGACCCUCACUGUGAUCACCCUGGCAGGGGUGUUAGUGUUGGUGGAAUAAGUGGGGGCAUUAGCACAAGUCUCGGAAUUGGGGCGGGUGGGCUGAAGACCCAGCAGUUGUUGAGCAGGUCAUGCUCUGGUUCCAUUAGAACUGAGGAGAUGGAUGGGCUGAAACACCACCACCGACUACUUAGCAGGUCUUACUCCAGUGGCAAUAAGAUGGGCAAAACAGAUAUGUUCAAGGAUCCAGCACCUGAAGUUAGGCGGCUCUCUCUUACUUCAGGCAUUAUUGGUAUCUUGACUCCAUCUCUCACCACACCACGAGAGCCAAAUAAUGGUGCCAAAUCUGUUCCAGUCAGAGAUAAAGGCUUUCUUGUUCAGAUAAUGGAGUAUGCGGAGCAGAGGAUCCCUGUGCUAAACGAGUUCUGUGUAGUUUGUGAUGAGCCUCACGUGUUCCACAAUGGGCCUAUGCUCAGGCCCACCGUGUGUGAGCGGGAGCUGUGUGUGUUCGCCUUCCAAACCCUGGGGGUGAUGAACGAAGCAGCAGAUGAAAUUGCCACUGGAGCACAGGUGGUGGAUUUACUGGUGUCCAUGUGUAGAUCGGCGCUGGAGUCCCCGAGGAAAGUUGUUAUUUUUGAGCCAUAUCCCUCUGUUGUGGACCCUAAUGAUCCCCAGAUGCUGGCCUUCAACCCGAGGAAAAAGGACUAUGACCGUGUGAUGAGAGCCCUUGACAGCCUUACAUCCAUCAGAGAGAUGACCCAGGCACCUUAUUUAGAAGUAAAGAAGCAGAUGGACAAGCAUGACCCACUGGCUCACCCUUUGCUGCAAUGGGUUAUAUCCAGUAACAGGUCACACAUUGUAAAACUUCCAGUACCCAGACAACUGAAGUUCAUGCACACGCCACACCAGUUCCUCCUGCUUAGCAGUCCACCUGCCAAAGAGUCCAACUUCAGAGCUGCAAAAACACUUUUUGGGAGCACCUUUGCUUUCCAUGGUUCUCAUAUAGAGAACUGGCACUCAAUUCUGAGGAACGGACUUGUUGUGGCCUCAAACACCAGGCUUCAGCUGCACGGUGCCAUCUAUGGAAAUGGAAUUUAUCUUAGCCCUCUGUCAAGCAUAUCCUUCGGCUACUCAGGGAUGAGCAAAAAGCAGCAGAAAGCUACUGCAAAGGACGAAACAGCAACGAACAGCAAGAACAACCUACAUGUGCAGUCACAAAAGAAAGGUCAACAACCUCAGUUCUUGCAAAGCCGCAAUUUGAAGUGCAUAGCCUUAUGUGAAGUGAUCACUUCUCCAGAUCUGCACAAGCAUGGAGAUAUCUGGGUUGUUCCGAACACAGACCAUGUCUGUACAAGAUUUUUCUUCGUCUAUGAAGAUGGACAGGUGGGAGAUACAAGUAUCAACACACAAGAGCCGGGCAUCCAUCGAGAGAUCCUCCGAGUCAUUGGCAACCAGACGGCAACAGGAUGAGCGUAUUGUCACGCAUGCUGCCGUCUUCUCCAGCUUGUUGCCCUGUAACCCCUGGAGAAUACUGGAGUUAUGAGCAGAUGAUGAUCCUGAGGUGUUCCAAUGAGCGAGGAAAGAGAAGGGAACUUGCAGAGGGUCCGAAUCUUAAAAUACUUACUGUGUUUAAAGUCCUUUUAUGGAACCAGUUCUAUUUACAACAUAGGAUACAAAAGCUAUUAGUAAGAAACUUUUUUUUUUAGAUUUAUAUGUAAUACGGAAAUUUCUCACUUUCUGAAGAAAGUGUCAAGCAUCAGAUGAACUGAUGGCCAACCUUGCUUUUUUUUUAGAGGAUAUUUAAAAUGGUAGAGCCUUUGUGAAUAUUUUGAGACUUCCACUUACAGUCAAGGGGCCUUUUCAGGAAAUAAAAAAAAAAUGUACCACUUGAUCUUGUUUACUAAGAAUUGUACCUUUUUACAAUGUACUUAAUGUAUAUUUGAAAGUGUUCAUAUGCACUUAUAUUUUUUAAUGUUAUAUAUUUGCUCAAACUGUUCAUGGUCUAUAUUUUUUUUCCCCUAAAAAGAAAAAACCCAGUCAAUAGUAAGAAAAAGAAUUAUCACGUGACACAUGAGUGGGAUCAGGAUAUUGAUUGAUGACAUUGUAAUUGUAAGAUGAUGUAGAAUAGUGCAGGACAUUCUGAACUCACCUGUCUGAGCAGGCCUGCUGGUGGUUUUACCUGGGGACACCUGUCUGAGCAGACCUGCAGGUGGUUUCACACUUUUCUUAACUCACCUGGGGACACCUGUAUGAGCAGGCCUGCAGGUGGUUUUACACUGUAUUCUGAACUCACUUGGGGACACCUCUAUGAGCAGGCCUGCAGGUGGUUUUAUACUGCUGUCCAUAAGCCAACAAUGCUCCACACCGUGUUAGAACCUGCAGGCAAGGGAGCGUUGUGUUUCAGUUUGAGAUUUGACAAAUGGGUGGCUGUAAAGUUCGCUCCUCUUCAUCAUAAGCAUUUGAAAUAAUUCCUUUGAUUUUGGGUAUGUUUGUUUUAAUAUGGUGUUUGCGGCUUGUUCUUUGUUGCUGUGCUGUCUUUAGGAGCGGUCAGAGAAGUGUGCGCCUCGUGUAGCUCGCCGUCUUAUGAAUAUUUCUUGGGGAUGUACUGAUAGCACAGUCUGUUUUUAGCCAUCGGAGAAAUGACACUUUACCCAAAAGUUAAGGACGUUUCUCAUCUGGAAUACUAAUUAUAAAAAAGGGAUAUCUGAAUUGUACUGGGAAAUGGUCAAAGGGAUAAAUCUUUUAUCAGAUCUGUUACCCGAGUCAUCUGUUUUUACCCCACAGUGUAGUUAAAAGACAUGAAACUCACUCGACCACCUGUCUGUCUGUCAGAUAUUGGUUCACAAUUUUAAAAACAUGUUUAUUAUUGUUUUUUACUUUCCCUGCCAGUUCAGCUCACGUCGUUCCAACAGAACAAAGGCUUGACAAUAAAAUGGCAGAUCUAUUAAUUAAUGCUAGCAGGUGUCAGAAGGCACGGACCACUUAAAGCAGAUUAAGAACAGUGGUAUUUUUUUUAAUCAUUCAAAAGCUGUUAAGUACAGAUAUAGGGCAUAGCUACAUACUUAAGUUUUAAAAAAUUCCUCCUUGUCAAUAAAAAGAAAGUUGAUAUGUUAAGAAAAGAUAGUCUUGCACCAUUGUUAUUGUUACUGCAUAAUUAUUAUUACGGUAGGAAUAACAGAUGGGUUCAAGGUGGAGGUGGGAUACAUCAAGGAUCGGCUCAGCCCUUUCUUGUUUGCAAUGGUGAUGGACAAGUUGACGGACGAGAUCAGGCAGGAGUCUCAAUGGACUAUGAUGUUUGCGGAUGACAUUGUGAUCUAUUGUGAGAGUAGGGUGCAGGUUGAGGAGAGCCUGGAAAGGUGGAGUUAUGCACUGGAGAGAAGAGGAAUGAAAGUCAGUAGGAGCAAGACAGAAUACCUAUGCGUGAAUGAGAGGGAGGACAGUGGAAUGGUGAGGAUGCAAGGAGAGGUGACAAAGGCGUAUGAGUUUAAAUACUUGGGGUCAACUGUCCAAAGUAACAGGAGGUGAAGAAGAGAGUGAAGGUAGGGUGGAGUGGGCGGAGAACAGUGUCAGGAGUGAUUUGUGACAGAAGGGUACCAGCAAGAGUUAAAGGGCAGGUUUACAAGAUGGUUGUGAGACCAGCUAUGUUGUAUGGUCUGGAGACAGUGGCACUAACAAAAAGACAGGGGGUGGAGCUGGAGAUGCUAAUAUUUUCAUUGGGAGUGAUGAAGGACAGGAUUAAGAACGAGUUUAUAAGAGGGACAGCUCAGGUUGGACAGUUUGGAGACAAAGCAAGAGAGGCAGGAUUGAGAUGGUUUGGACAUGUGUGGAGGAGAGAUGCUGGGUAUAUUGGGAGAGGGAUGCUGAUUAUGGAGCUGACAGGGAAGAGGAAAAGAGGAAGGCCUAAGAGGUUUAUGGAUGUGGUGAGGGAGGACAUGCAGGUGGCUGGUGUGACAGGAAGAUGCAGAGGACAGGAAGAGAUCGAAACGGAUGAUCCGCUGUGGCGACCCUUAACAGGAGCAGCCAAAAGUAGUAGUAGUAGUUUUGCACCAUUGUUAUUCCAGUGCAUAUUCCAACAAAGGUGUUUGUGAAUAAGACCCCACUGGUCCACAUCACUUUAAGAACUGACUUCCUGACGAUGACAAAGUUCACUUUGUUUAAAUUUUCAACCUCAAUAUUCAAGUUUCAGCCCCUACAAUAUUCAGGCAAAUGAAGAGGAUGGGGCAGUAAUUUUUUCCCAGUGAUGGGACAUCAGAACACACAAUGGUCAGCAGUAUGUUUUCUUCAGUUCACUUUUAAAGUGUUAUUUUGACUUGCCGGAUAUAAUCUGAAUCUUAGUUUAUAUUCUGCACAACUAUCAUGAAAAAUAUGCUGAUUAGCAUUUGGUGCCUUAUAGAAAUUGGAAAAUGGUGAAAAUAUGACUAUGUGUAUUGUACAUGAUGUAAAUAUUGCUACAACAAGGAGGCCAAAUAUUUUCCUUAUUAAGGUUUUACAGCUUUUUCCUUAUUUUGCAAGUGAUUUGGGUCUUUUGGGCAUUUUAAAAUUUCUGAAAAUAGUACAUUAUGUAAUUGUUUAUGUUCAUUAAAUUCAAACAACUUAA